CAGCGUGUUGUACCGGGUGUUGUUGAAAAUGUUGUAAAUCGGGUGUUAUAUCGAGUCGGCGUUGCGUUUUGUUAGUAAGUUUUGUUCUUUUUCGUGUCGGUUAUUGAUUGAAUUGCGCUCAAAGCCGCCGCGCUCGCCGCCGCUCGCAAGCAGUUUCCUGCAUUACCGGCCAUGGAGGCCUCGUUACGUUAAAUAAUCAAUAACACAAAGUCGGUCUGUUUUAACAACAAUCGGGCCGUGAGGCGAUGAUCGGCGUGUCAUCUGGGGUCCCACUUGGCCAGUGAGCCCCCUGGCCCGUUCCGGAAGCCCGCCAGCUGUCAAAUCGUCCGAAUCUCAUUUUCGUAUCCUUGGAGACUGCCCUAGCAACCGAUACAACAACAUAACAACAUUAGGUAAAUCCGCAAUCGGUGUGUGUUUUUGUGUUUGGUGGCGUUUUUGCGGCACGUGCCCCCGACGACGCCGCCCCCGCCCGCCGCCCCGCGUCCAUUAAUAACUUUAAAUUAGUUUCGACGAGUCAAAGGGCGCAAUUAGGGGGGCUGAAUUAGCCUAGCAGUGAAGGAAGAGAGAGGGCAUCAGGAGUAGCCUUGGAAACGCAGCCAUGGCAACUACAGCUCGAUUUGCUGCAGCAGGAGGCAGCAGCAGCCCUCCCACCCCCACGCCAGCCACUUCACCCCCAGCACAGACUCCGGCUACCCAGCUAAUAGUACUGCCUGCUAGUUUGCACCAGUCGGGGACUGGAGGGGCUAUCGUCAACGGAGUGCCGGUCAUAGACGUCUCAGCACUGGAGCAGGCAGCUGAGUCAAGCAACGAGAGCACAGCCACUGCUGAGCAACAAGGGGAAACCCACGAUACGGAUACCAUAGCACAGACUUCGCCGCAUUUUAUCACAGUCACAGAAGCUGCGGCUAGAUCAUACGCUUCUUUAACACCAGUUCAGCCUGCAGUAGUUGCCGACGGUGACACGGUGGCAUCGCAUCAAAGCUAUCACAUACAGUAUGUGGAGCCCGAGAUCUACGCAUCCCAAACGAAUAGCGGACAGGCACAAAUGGCGUAUCCGGUAUACACCGUGGGCGAAUCAACGACGUUGUACUCGGCCGGUCAGGGCCAAUACUACGCCGCCACGAACACCGGCUCCGCCUCCACGGGCGGUACCGUCGGUUACAGUACCACAAGUGGUCACUACGUCGUCCAACAGGCCGUAGACCCCGACACUUUAAUCGCAUCGACGCGAAACUCCCCUCAAACAACAAACGCUGAACCGAGCUAUGUAGCUACAGGGACCGUGCAUGCGACUCAGAGCAACACCGUGAGCAAUGAGGAGGUGGGCUCGGCGUUGGGACACGCCACGAGGGUGUCUCCGGCUACAGUGCAAUGGUUGUUGGAGAAUUACGAGACGGCUGAAGGGGUGUCUUUGCCUCGGUCCACACUCUAUGCUCAUUAUUUGCGACAUUGUGCUGAGAAUAAAUUAGAGCCGGUGAAUGCGGCCUCGUUCGGGAAAUUGAUAAGAUCGGUGUUUCUCGGGUUGAGGACGCGAAGACUCGGCACUAGAGGCAACUCCAAGUACCAUUACUACGGAAUUCGGGUAAAACCCGGUUCCUCGUUGAUGAAUAUGGACGAGUCGGGGAAUCGAGUCGUCUUGAAUACAUCGAACGCUUCGGGGAAGGCCCAAGGAACGGUUAGGCCGUUUAAGCGAAAUUCGGAUUCGUCCGAUGCGUCGAUUUCCGUUAGUGUUUUGUCGCAACAUGUGACCUAUUUGGGGGAUGGGAGUAACGCGAUUCCUGCUUUUCCCGAUAUACAUUUCAACGCUGAGUCGCUACCCGACGAGUGUGGGUAUGAAGACGUCGAUACUUUGAAGUCCAUAUAUAGGGAACAUUUAGAAGCCUUCUUAGAUGCCAUAUUAAGUUUAGAAUUUACCACAAUAGAGUCGUUGUGGAGGGAAUUCUGGCGAUCACAAUAUAAUAAUAACGGCGACGAAUGCGAAGAAGAAAAGUAUUUGUCGAAGUCGAAAUUGUUCUGUUUGUGUUCGAUGGAAGCUGUACAGCAGUUUAUGAAGCAUGUGGAUUUGGUUUUUUAUCAAAAUUUGAUACAAGUUUUGGUACCUGAUGUACUUAAGCCGAUACCGGCGACUCUCACUCAGUCGAUUAGGAAUUUUGCCAAAAACUUGGAAAACUGGCUGACGAGCGCCAUGGCAGGGGCCCCCGCCGGCAUGUUGACGGUAAAACUAUCCGCCGUUUCGGCCUUCAGCUCGAGCCUUCGCCGCUACACAUCUCUCAACCACCUAGCCCAAGCCGCUCGUGCCGUACUCCACAACAGCACUCAAAUCGCUCAAAUGUUGACCGAUUUGAAUCGUGUCGACUUCCACAGCGUGCGCGAACAAGCCUCCUGGGUGUGUCAAUGCGACAACGAGAUCGUUGCGCGCUUCGAAAACGACUUCAAACUGACUUUGCAACAACAAAACUCGCUCGAACAGUGGGCCUCCUGGCUGAAGAACGUCGUCAAGAGUGCGCUGAAACCCUACGAAGGAAAACCGAGCUUUUCCAAGGCGGCGAGGCAGUUCCUGCUCAAGUGGAGUUUCUACAGUUCGAUGGUCAUCCGGGAUUUGACUUUGAGGUCAGCUGCGAGUUUCGGGUCGUUCCACUUGAUUCGGUUGCUCUACGACGAGUAUAUGUUUUAUUUGAUUGAGCAUCAAGUCGCCGAAGCUACGGGUGUUGUUCCUAUUGCUGUUAUUCUGGAAGGAAUUAAACAGGACAUUAUGCAGAACAGUUUGUCGAUUUAUGGCAACGAUGGGGUUUGCAACGGGGGUGUGAGCGCGAAAUUGAGUUGUGUGAGCCCCUCUGACCACCUUUCGAAACGGGCGAAAAUUAGCUAGCUUUCGAAAGGGGCGAAGUUUAUCGUGACGUUUCAAUAAGUUGUUUUCGGUUGGUUUUGUUGCGGUAAAUGAGGGACCAUUGUUUUCUUUGUUUUUUUUUCAUAGUAUGAUUAAUUUAUUUCACGUAUUUAGGAUGUGUCAUUUAAAUGUUUGAAUUGUGCAAUUGGUUAUGAAGCAUGUAUAAGUGCCGUCAAAUUUGUGUGACAAUAGGUGUAUAUAUCAUACUUAUAUAUGUACAUUGCCGCUAAAGGAAUUCUGUAAUUAUAAGUCACUGAGAUCAAGAGUUACUUAGACUGAUUUCGUUGGAUUUUGUUGUAUGUACAUAAUUAUUUAUUCGUUUUUUUCCUUUCUGUGUGUUUAAUAAUUGUUGUUUUUC